UCGAAUCCAACCCCUAAAAUGGAAGAAGCCAAAGGACAAAGUUUGGAGGAAGACUUUGAAGGACAGGCCACACAUACGGGACCCAAAGGAGUAAUAAAUGAUUGGAGAAAAUUUAAAUUAGAGAGUGAAGAUAGUGAUUCAAUUCUACCUAGCAAGAAGGAGAUUCUCAAACAAAUGUCCUCUCCUCAGAGCAGAGAUGACAAAGACUCAAAAGAAAGAUUCAGCAGAAAGAUGAGCAUUCAAGAAUAUGAGCUAAUCCACCGAGACAAAGAAGAUGAAAAUUGCCUUCGUAAAUACCGUAGACAGUGCAUGCAAGAUAUGCACCAGAAGCUGAGUUUUGGGCCUAGAUAUGGGUUUUUGUAUGAGCUAAAAACUGGGGAGCAAUUCCUAGAAACCAUCGAAAAGGAGCAGAAGAUCACCACAAUUGUCGUUCACAUUUAUGAAGAUGGUAUUAAGGGCUGCGAUGCUCUAAACAGUAGCUUAACAUCCCUUGCAGCUGAAUACCCUUUGGUCAAGUUUUGUAAAAUAAAAGCUUCUGAUACAGGUGCUGGGGACCGCUUUUCCUCAGAUGUACUCCCCACACUGCUUGUCUACAAAGGUGGGGAACUCUUAAGCAAUUUUAUUAGUGUUGCUGAACAGUUUGCUGAAGAAUUUUUUGCUGGGGAUGUGGAGUCUUUCCUAAAUGAAUAUGGGUUACUACCUGAAAGAGAGAUACAUGCCCUAGAGCAGACAAGCAUGGAAGAUGUUGAAUAAAGAUUCACUUUGUCAGU